AUGUAUUUAAGUUUUAAGAACAAAAAUCAAAUUUCAAAUGAUGGGAGAAUAUUAGCUGUUGGAGCUUAUGAUUAAAAAAUCAGUUUAUGGAGAAUUGAAGAUGCUAAGUUAAUAUUAAUUUAAUAAUUGAGAUUGCAAAAUAAUCCAAAAAGAAUAUUAUUUAGUUAAAAUGAUUAAGAUUUGUUGAUUUGCACAAAGGAUGGUUUAGUUUAUUGUUUUAACAACUCAAAAUAGAGAGAAUAUAAAGAAUAUCAAAAGAUCUUCAAUAUAAAAGGUAAAAUUAGAGCAAUCGAAUUUAACAAUGAUGCGUCAGUAUUGGCAAUUGGAGGAGAAACUAAUGCUCUUUAAAUAUGGUAGAAGAACCAAGAUGAUUAAUGGAUAUUGGUUGAUGAAGCAAAGUAAGAUAAUUUCUUAGAAACUAUAAGUUUCGCAAAUAAUCCAGAUGUUAUUUAUGCAUCAAACAAUAAUGAACUAUAUAUACAUCAUAUUAUGUGA